AAAAGGGCACUGCCAAUUCCUUUGUUUUCUUUUAGUCUGAGACCUUUUCUUUUUUUAACUGAAGAGCGUAAAAUGAAGGCACCUGUUAGAACAGCUCGCAGGAUUCCUGCAGAAAAAAAGAGGGUCCGGGUUUACUCGAAUUUCAUCUACAAAAUACAUAAAGAGGCUCAUCCUGCAGGGGCAAAGUAUCUAGAUUUCCUGGCCAGUCGGCAGCUUCGGUUCCCCAGACCACUACUGCUUAGACUGGUGAGCUCAGAGGCGUUUCGGCUGUCAAAGAGGAACAGACUAGGAAUCGUCACUUCGCAGGAGAUUGAUGCUGCUGUAACACUUGUACAAAGGAGGAUUCAUUCAAGAGCCGCCGCAUGAAGGACUGGACUCUCUCUAAUCCCUGUUUUAAAUGUAUUAAUAAAAGUAUUUUAAAUUACUG